AAAAGCUCCUCUCCUCUGCUGCUCACAGUCAUCUGAAUGGCGCCAUCACGUCGCCUCAGCAAUGGCCGAUCCCCGCUGGUCAACCAACAACGCCAAAUCACGACAUUCUUUUCCCCCAGCAAGACCUCAACUUCUCCUUCUUCGGCUUCUCCGGCUGCUUCAAAGCAAAACCCUAAGGCUGACCCAGCUAACCCUAACCCUAGCCCUACUCCUACUCCUACCACUACUCCGCAGACGAAACAAAAGAAACCCCUGUUAGUCAUUGGUCCUUCUACUAAUCUGUCCCCUCCUACAUCUCCUCCAGACGUGAUGACGACCCCUGAUUCUGGGAAGAAAUUGUAUGGAGAAGAGGUUGUCGGGAAGAAACUAAAGGUUUAUUGGCCAUUGGACAAGUGCUGGUACGAAGGUUGUGUUAAGUCAUUCGAUAAGCUUUCUUGUAAACAUUUGGUUCAGUAUGAUGAUGCUGAGGAGGAGGCUUUGGAUCUUCAGAGAGAGAAAAUUGAGUGGGUGGAAGAGUUGCCAAGAAGCUUUCGUCGGUUACGCCGAAAUUCAGCUCUGGAGAAUGUAGUCUUGGAUUUGGAGGAGAAUACAGAAGAGGGAAGCAUAGGAGAUGAUUCUACUGAUGAAGAUUGGGGGAAGAACGUGGGGAAGGAGAUGGUUGAAGACGAUUCAGAGGAGAUGGAUUUUGCUGAAGAUGAAGAAGAGGAAGUAAAGAGCACGAGAGUAUCACACAGCAAGAAUUUGGGGUCAAGAAAGAGAAAAAUGAUUGAACCGGAAAAGCUGGGUUCUUAUAAGAAGAUUAAGGGUGGUGGAAAUGUACAGAAGAGUGUUUCAAAAGGUUCUCUGGAUGACAAUGGAAACAAAUUAGUGGGGCCUGCGAAUAAAGCUGAAAGAGAACAUCCGCCUCAUAUUUUUGACAACAAAUUAGCAGAUGAUGUUGCAGAUCGAUUUGGUGCACGGGAAGCAGAAAAAUUUCGCUUCCUUGGGGUAGGACGCAGAGAUGCUAAAAGGAGACUUCCUGGGGAUGUGAAUUAUGAUCCAAGGACUGUUUACUUGCCUCCUGAUUUCUUGAAGGGUUUAUCAGGUGGACAGAGGCAAUGGUGGGAGUUCAAGUCGAACCAUAUGGACAAAGUUCUUUUUUUCAAGAUGGGCAAAUUUUAUGAACUUUUUGAAAUGGAUGCACAUAUAGGAGCAAAAGAGCUUGAUUUGCAGUACAUGAAGGGAGAGCAACCUCAUUGUGGAUUUCCGGAAAAAAACUUCGCAAUGAAUGUGGAGAAAUUGGCUAGAAAGGGUUACCGAGUUCUUGUUAUAGAGCAAACAGAAACGCCUGAACAGCUGGAGCUCCGUCGUAAAGAAAAGGGUUCUAAAGAUAAGGUUGUGAAGCGUGAAAUUUGUGCUGUGGUUACUAAAGGAACACUGACUGAAGGAGAGAUGCUGUCAAACACCCCUGAUGCUUCUUACCUGAUGGCAGUGACUGAAAGCCAGACUUUGGGGAACCAAGAAGAGGGCAUAGUUGUUGGUGUCUGUUUGGUUGAUGUUUCAACAAGCAGGUUUAUGCUUGGACAGUUUGGAGAUGAUUCCGAGCGCAGUUCCUUAUGUUGCCUACUGUCUGAGCUAAGGCCUGUUGAAAUUAUAAAGCCUGCUAAUUUUCUUAGCCCUGAGACCGAGACAAUAUUAAUGAGACAUACGAGGAGUCCUCUAGUCAACAAUUUGGUGCCAGUCCUGGAAUUCUGGGACAAUGAGAAAACUAUUGUAGAAGUCAGAAAUAUUUACAAGCAACUUAAGGAUCAAACAACAUUGGGAUCUGGUUCUGAUGUUGCAGAGGUUUCAGAGUGUCUACCAGAUGUCUUGGCUGAGUUAGUGAGUGCAGGCAAGAAUGGCAGCUGUGCAAUUUCUGCAUUUGGAGGCUGUGUUUUCUAUCUUAGACAGGCUUUUCUGGACGAGUCAUUGCUUAGAUUUGCGAAGUUUGAACUACUUCCAUGCUCAGGUUUUUAUGAUAUUUCUCAAAAACCAUAUAUGGUACUUGAUGCAACUGCCCUUGAGAACCUUGAGAUGUUUGAAAACAACCGAAAUGGAGGUUCCUCAGGGACACUUUAUGCACAACUUAACCACUGUGUUACUGCAUUUGGAAAACGGUUGCUUAAAAAUUGGCUUGCAAGACCACUGUAUCAUGCAGGGUCAAUCAGGGAACGCCAGGAUGCCAUAGCAGGUCUGAAGGGAGUUAAUCUGCCGUCUAUGCUUGAAUUUCGUAAAGACCUGUCUAAACUUCCAGACAUGGAAAGGUUACUAACACGCCUCUUUGCUAGCAGUGAAGCUAAUGGAAGGAAUGCCAAUAAAGUAAUUCUUUAUGAAGAUGCAGCAAAGAAACAACUUCAAGAGUUCCUUGCAACUCUUCGUGGUUGUGAAGUGAUGAUACAAGCAUGCUCUUCUCUUAAUGUUGUAUUGGAAAAUGUUGAGUCUAGCCUACUCCAUCAUUUAUUAACACCUGGUAAAGGUCUUCCUGACAUCUAUUCAGUUCUAAAGCAUUUCAAGGAUGCUUUUGAUUGGCCAGAAGCGGAUUGUUCUGGACGCAUUAUACCUCAUGAAGCAGUUGAUAUGGAAUAUGAUUCUGCUUGCAAACAAAUUAAGGAGAUUGAAUCUAGUUUGGUAAAACACUUGAAAGAACAACGAAAAGUACUUGGGGAUGGUUCAAUUGAUUAUGUUACUGUUGGAAAAGAGUUAUAUCUUCUAGAAGUACCUGAGAGCUUGCGAGGAAAUGUCCCUCGGGAUUAUGAGUUACGGUCAUCCAAAAAGGGAUUCUUCAGGUACUGGACUCCGAAAAUUAAAAAGUUACUGGGAGAGCUUUCUCAAGCUGAAGCUGAGAAGGAAACUAAAUUGAAAAGCAUUCUGCAGCAGCUGAUUGGGCAAUUCUGUGUGCAUCAUAUUCAGUGGAGGCAAUUGAUUUCUGUAACUGCAGAACUGGAUGUUUUGAUCAGUCUAGCUGUUGCAAGUGACUAUUAUGAAGGAAAUGUGUGCCGACCAGUUAUUUUAGCUUCAUCAUGUUCAAGCCAGUUUCCAAGCUUGUCUGCGAAGAGUUUAGGACAUCCUGUUCUUAGAAGUGAUACUCUAGGCAAGGGUACAUUUGUACCUAAUGAUGUUACUAUUGGUGGUUCUGAACAUGCUAGCUUUAUCCUUCUCACGGGUCCUAACAUGGGUGGGAAGUCAACUCUUCUUCGUCAAGUCUGCAUGGCUGUGAUAUUGGCACAACUGGGAGCAGAUGUCCCUGCAGCAAGCUUUCAACUGUUUCCUGUUGAUCGAAUCUUUGUUCGAAUGGGAGCGAAAGACCAUAUUAUGGCAGGCCAAAGUACAUUUUUUACAGAACUUUCAGAAACUGCUUCUAUGCUGUCUUCAGCGACCCGCAAUUCACUAGUAGCAUUGGAUGAACUUGGACGUGGAACAUCAACUUCAGAUGGGCAAGCCAUUGCGGAAUCGGUUCUAGAGCAUUUCAUCCACAGGGUAAAAUGUAGAGGACUAUUUUCUACUCACUAUCAUCGGUUAUCUGUGGACUACAAGAAAGAUCCCAAGGUGUCCCUAUGCCAUAUGGCAUGUCAAGUUGGAAAAGGAGUUGGAGUGGAAGAAGUAACGUUUCUUUAUAGGCUAACGCCUGGUGCAUGCCCUAAGAGUUAUGGUGUCAAUGUUGCACGGUUGGCAGGACUUCCUGAUCCAGUACUUCAAAAAGCUGCAGUCAUGUCAAUCGAGUUUGAAGCAACGUAUGGUAAACACAGGCAAGAAUCUGAAUGCAAGUUGUCAGAAGAAGGUCAUGAUGAACAUAUGUCUGGUUUUUUUCAAGACUUGAGCUGCAUUGUUGCAAAUUUAAGUUGCCAUGAAAUGUGUGAGAGCAUGGGUAUUACACAGCUCACUGAAUUUCAACGGAGAGCAAGGUUACUUCUGCAGGGAAAUUGAGCUGUGGAUUUCCUUUGGAAUUUGGUCUAAGAAUUUUGGGCUGGUUUCUAAACCUCAUUGAUUUGCUUGCGGUUAUCUCAAGAGCUUUUUUCCUCAUUUUUCGGGUAACGAAAGGCUCCUUCCACAGCCUAAGCUGCUAAGCAGAUGCUAAUUUUGUUACUGGAGGUGUAUUUCAUACUUCUUUACAGCAUUAUGCUGGCUUUGCCCAGGGUCACUUUGUGGGAUUGCUGUGCGCAUCAUAUCUUGUGCAGAGAAAAUCGUCUCUUGUAAAUUCUACAGAUGAAAAAUCAAGACAAUGCUUCCAUGUAAUCAGUUAUAAUGUGUCACAAGGUAUGUUUUGUCU